AAGGGAGUGGAGUAGAGGCAAAAAAAUGGCACUCGCAUCAUCCUCUUCAGUUCUGCUACAUUGAGUGACCCAUGAGUAGGCCGGUUGCCCAGAUCUGACCUUCGCAACUUCAUCAAGUGAAUCAAGUGAAGCAUCAAUGGAAACACAUCAACUAAGAAUAGCCAGCAUCACUCAACAUCUCAGACAAGCUAACCUCCAGAAAGUCUCCAGUUUUUUUCAUCUCCCAAGAUGCGGGGGCAUCCAUGCGGCGAACCUGGCAAAGUGGAACUCCGUCUCAGUCCUGCUGUUCUCUGGCGUGAUAGUGGACUACUUGCACACUAUGCCCGGAACUGCCAGGGUCAAGGUGGGCGAUACCAUCCGUCGAGGCCAAGUACUGUGCGAAUCAGGCGACAUCGGAUUUGCACCAGAACCGCAUUUGCAUGUGGAGAUUCACAGCGCAGCAGAUCCGGAUGGUGCCUCAUUGCCAUGGAGCUUUGGUGAAGGCUUUGUGCCUGUCGCUGGAUGUUGGUACUCCUCCACUGGUGAGGUGCCAGCCCCUAGUGAGAAAUCGAGCAAAGCACGUCCAGGUGCCAUGGUGCUCUCAAAAUCGCGGCGGCGCCUGCAGCGCUUGGAGCGCCAGAAGCGCUCAGAGAGAAGGUGGCGGACGCGGAUGACGCGGGGAUGGCUAUGGCAUGGCUACGGUUCCGAUGGAUACCACAUGGACUGUCCUGUCAAUGUACCCCAGACCUUCCUAGUGCUGCCAAGAGUGAAGCGAGUGCAGUGUGAAAAGCUGUUGCAAGUCCAAGUGCUCUGGGUGGUGACGGUGCACUUCACGGAGGACAACCAGCGCUGGAGCCAUGACUUCGAGGUCAACGAGGACGUGGCGCUGCGAGAGCUCAAGGCAUCUAUGCUGAAUCCACCCGGAAAUGAGGAGGACAUAGAUUCUUUUGAACUGAGGCUCUUGGGACGCCGAGUGCCCGACUUUGAGAAGAUUUCUGAGGACUGCGACCUGGACUUCGAAUAUUUGGGUCCUGAAGAAGGGCAAAUCAAGGCCCGCCGUGACCGAGCAGAUGAACAUCGUUGGAGCGAAUUGCAGCGACCCUUUCAGGAGCCUCCAGCCCGCGACAAGUCGCUCAUUAAGGUUCCAGCACGCUCGCCAUUGCAGGUUCCCACUCCUGAGGCGGCCAAGUUGCCGGCAGUCAAGGGAUAUAGCGCACAACCAGCAAAGCGGCCUUCGGGUGCGACUGCAAAGGGACCCAUGACGCCACUCAAGCGCUGGGAAGUCAUUGGCGGUGCCGACAAAGGAGGCAUUCUGGUGCGUGAGGGUCAGUCCACUACAUCGAAGCAGUUGGCAGAUCGGCUUUCCACUGGCGCACUGGUAGAAGAACUCGAUUUGAGAGGAGAAAGGUUGCAGUACAAGAGGUUGACUGGAAGUGGCCCAGAGACAGGCUGGGUCAGUCUGAGUGUCUCCGGCAAGGAGAUCGUGAAACCUCGGCCCAUGUCGCCAGAGGAAAUGCUCACGUUCGAAUGUGCCUUGUCACUGCAGGAGGAGUUGAUGGAAGGUUUUGGAAAGCCUGAGUUCCAGUCGGCUCUGGCGCAGAUCAUCCAAGAGCAUCCGAGCAAAUCCGGAACCGACUUCCUGCGAAAACGUACUGAGUUGUUCCUCACAGUGCAAAGUGUGGUGCUACCCAGGUAUGGCUUCGAGGGAUCACCCAAGGGCGUCGUCCAGAUGAUGGGUGCCUUUGCGCCGCACGGUCUUCGUGCUGAAGUGGCUUGGAACAACGACCAGCUCAACAAACUUUUGCAAAUGUGA